AUGAAGUCGCUGAAAAUUAGGGGGCUAGUGAAGGGAAAGAACGAGGAGUACUACAACCUUGUCACGGUCAUAAGCCUGAAGGAUGAAGAGCUAGACGAGCAAAUUAUUCAAAGGGAGGAAAGCGUAAAGGCCAAUUGGGUAGCCAUAAAAAAUGCCAAGGAAAUUAACAAAAGUGAGAAAAAACUGUUAAGCGCAAUCAUGAAAAAUGAAAGAAUCCGCUUAAGGGUAAGAGGAAAUAUAAAAAAGGUAUCAAGCAGAAGGAGAGAAGAACUGAACGAACAUUACCCGGAGGAAGAAAUUAAUAGUUUUUUGGAUGGAGACCUAAGUGGUGAGAAGGAAUAUAUAGACGAGAUUUUAAACUACCUGAACAAUGUCCAGGGGGUAAAAUUUCACGGGAAUUUCGUUAGAAAGGGGAGAAGCAGGCGUGGACACAGGGUAGAGGAAGGCGCCUUCGAAAGAUUGAAUGGGCGAAAUGAUAUUACCCAGCGGGAAAGGCUACGGAGGGACAACCUAGUAUGGCGCGUGGGGGAGGAAGUAAAAUUAGGAAAGGCAAAAAGGGAGGAAGUAAAAUUAGGAAAGGCAAAAAGGGAGGAAGUAAAAUUAGGAAAGGCAAAAAGGGAGGAAGUAAAAUUAGGAAAGGCAAAAAGGGAGGAAGUAAAAUUAGGAAAGGCAAAAAGGGAGGAAGUAAAAUUAGGAAAGGCAAAAAGGGAGGAAGUAAAAGCAGAAAAGGCGAUAAAGGAAAAAGGCAAAAUCGAGACACACCAAAGAAACGGGAAGGUCGGGCUACCCCCACUCCUCAGGAUUAAAAACAAGGCCAUUCAGAAAAAAAAAGGAAAAAAAAAAAUCAUGAGAGCUAGCCAAAAUGUAGUGACCGAUCGGAUAAGCAAUAAGGAGAUAGCGGAAAAGACACUAAGAAAGAUGCUUUACGAAAUAAAAAUGUCGUUAAAGGAGUUGAACAAGUUGAACAAGUUGAGGGCAGUCAUCCAAUCGCCACAGAAAAAGGAAAAGUGCAAAACGAAGCAAAAGGAAAGACAGAACGUUAUUUACAAUUUGAAACAGGAGAAAUGGGUGAAUCCACCAAGGAACCAGUUCCCCAUGAAGAAGGGUCCAAAUUAUGAAGAAAAUAAAUUAUAUUUUAAAGCACUCUUCCAACAUAUAAGAGGAAGGAAGAAAGGAGCAGUAGCCAUGGUUUCUCCAUCCAAAGGAAAAAUCAUCUCUACUGAGAAGUUGGCCUCCAUCAGAGCAUCUGAAGUUGUAAAGGAAGAGAAUCUGCUGUGUACGGUAGGUGAAGAGGAGACCAUUGAAAUAACGUGUGAAGAGGAGUUCGAAAAGAAAAAAUUUAUUCUGAAGGAAAAGAUUAAGGACGAGUAUAGGAGGAAGAGGAAUGAGUCCACUUUGUACGAUAACAGGAAGGAUGUGUUCCUUCCACCUAACGGGAAAUCUCCUUCUAACGCGGGACGAAACAGUAAGUACAUGUUCGACGAUACAGCCCUCAGCGAAAGCGACCGGGACGAUUUGGAGUAUUUGUUCAGCGUGAAGGGGAAGAACAAGAGGAGGUACGGGUGCCUCCCCGGGCAGGAGGCGCAACCGUCAAAGGAGCAACUACCGAAGGAGCAACCGUCGAAGGAGCAACUACCGAAGGAGCAACCACCGAAGGAGCAACCACCGAAGGAGCAACCACCGAAGGAGCAACCACCGAAGGAGCAACCGUCAAAGGAGCAACUACCGAAGGAACAACUACCGAUGAGACAACCGCAAGGAAAAGAAGCAACGGUCAAGCCGAUACUUGCACCCCCUCUGGAAUCUUUCUCCCUAGCAGACAAGCCAAUUGGAGACAGUGCACCCGGGACAAACUCCUCGCCCCUAAAAAAUGGGGGCAAAGAAAGGGUCCAAAUGGAAGAGAAGUUGAAUCAUCGUAAGGAAGAAAAAAAUAAACCAUGCAUAAAGGAAAAAAGUGGAAUAAAAACAGACAUCGGUGGCAUCGUCAUGGAUCCCACGACGGAUAAUCCUCCUGAUAGAGGAAUGCGUUCUGAUGCAAAUAAUGCAGAGGAACGUGAUGAUAGCGACAUCGGAAAAAAUGCGGAAAAGAAUCUCCCCCAGUUGAAUAGGAAGAAAAAGUUGGCAGAAAUUAUGAAGACCAAUUCGAUGAUAUUGAAGCAACAUCAUGGUAAGAAGGAAAGCUUAGUGGAUAAAGGAGAGGACAACUUAGGGAGAAAAAAAAUUAUGGAUGAUGUUCCGAAGGGAGUGAAGGCUACAGUGAUUGGAAGUGAUCGAAUAGGAGAUGGUGGAACGGAUAAGGAGGAUCUCACAACGGUAAAAGAUGAGAAGAAAACCAAGUCUGCUAUAUUGGAGAAGAAAUCGAUAGAGGUAUCACCCCCUGUGGAGGUGAAGACAGAGCAUGGAACGUCAAAGGAGAGUACCUCCCCGAGAGACGCUUUAAAAGGGAAGAAAAUUUUUCUUCCACUGAAGGCUCUGACACCAGAGGGAAUUAAUAACUCGCCUCAUGGUUUAGUUAAUCAGAAGGAGGGAGCCAAGAAUGUGGGUGAGUACAGUUCACCCCCCGUGGAGACCUCAGGAAUGAGUGAACAGAGGGGAGAAUUGGCAACUGCUGUGGAGAGGGAUACCAAUGACAGUGGUGAGAAACAUAAGGUUGAGAGAGUUGCUUUAAAGGGGGAUCUACCAUUGGUGAAGGGAAUAAAGGCGUUCUCAAAGGAGGCAGACGCCCCGAAGGAGAAGAACACUGAGAAGGGAGAGAAUCAGGAGGAAGGAAAUUGGCACUGCGAUGUGUCUUCCCCUAAUAAAUUUCCAAAAGGAUUGAGAAAAGAAGGAAGCAUCAAAACGGGUGUGAAUAAACAAGAUGGAAAUGAAGCCAGUAUGGAUUCCCCUUCAGGUGGGGAGGCUAAAGAAAAGGAACGAAACGACAUUAAGGAAGAACCCAAAAAGAAUCUAUCACAGGAGAAAAACAAAAUAGACGCAGAGAUAGAGAAAUGUCACUCUGCUUCUUCUAACAGUGAGGGGAAGGAUGGAGGAGGUAACAAAAUGGUAGCCAAUGCGAAGGUCCCCUUGAAACUGAACAUGGCGAUGAAGAAGGCCUUGCUUGGGAAGAUGCUCGCGAAGCGUGUUCCCAAAGGUACUUCAUCUGUGGGAGAGGCAAAAAAGGGGGAGGAUAAUACACAGGGAGAGGCAAAAAAGGGGGAGGAUAAUACACAGGGAGAGGCAAAAAAGGAGGAGGAUAAUAUACAGGGAGAGGCAAAAAAGGGGGAGGAUAAUACACAGGGAGAGGCAAAAAAGGGGGAGGAUAAUACACAGGGAGAGGCAAAAAAGGGGGAGAAUAAUACACAGGGAGAGGCAAAAAAGGAGGAGGAUAAUAUACAGGGAGAGGCAAAGAAGGAGGAGGAUAAUAUACAGGGAGAGGUUAGCGAAAAGAACAAACCGAUGGAGAAGGUAAUCCCGAAAAGCAUAUCCAAGAGCAAAGUUGUUAGUUCAAAGGUUAUUCCCCCCAAAGGACGCCCUUUAAAGGGGAAUGCCAUUUUGAAGGCAAAGGUAGGGAUGGUUCGGGAUGCUGAUGGUGGUUCGAAGGAGUAUAGUGAGAAAUUAUCUCUUAGGGGGUGCGUGUCCUUGAAGGGGAAAGAGGAAGUAGAAAACGUGGCAGUAGAAAAAGUGGCAGUAGAAAACGUGGCAGAAGAAAACGCGGAGAAGGAGGUGAAGGUGCCAGCGGAAGUAAGUGCGCCCACGGUGAAAUGUGUACGAGAUGUAAAGUGCACAAAAACAGACGAAGGGGUACCCAAAGGAGAAAGCAACAUCAACGAAAGGGGGUUCAUAGAAAAGGCAGUAAGAAAAAAUAUAGAAAGGAUACUGGAAAGAGUAGAUAGUUCGAUAGUGCAUGUAAAGGAUGAGAAAAAAGGGAAUCAAUCUAGGUUGGCAAAAAUUGUGAUGAGAGGUCCUAAAGGUUUGAAUGUAAAGAAGGGCAAAACGGUGAAGGGGAUGGAAGACAACGUUGGAAGGGAGGUUGGUCAUGAUGGUAGUGAUGAUGGUGAGGAUGGUGGAAACGACAUACCCCCCACCGAGGGGCGUAAGAGGUACUCAGUGACCUUGAACAAGUUUUCAAAAAAGAUUGAGGUAAAGAAGAAGAGCUCUGUUGAUGUGGUUGAAUUGUUGAGUGCACUGGAGGAGAAAUCGGGGCAGAAUUGCUCCGUUCUAAGUGAAUCACCCUGUACAGGCGAUGUAGAGAAACUCACCACAGAUCAUGAGCCACCAAAGAAAACGCCGAUGGUAAAACCUCUUCUUAAGAAGGAUGCAUUGGUCAAAUUAAUAUCCAAAAGACCACUAGAAAAUAAAAAAGCAAUACAGUUGGAGGGGAAGGAUAUUGAUUCAGUGAGAGAGGAUGAAGGAGGAGAGGCGCAGCCGCAGAAGGAGGAAGACGAUCCACAAGAGGAAGGUAAGGACAAGCAGAACGAUGAACAGAAGAAGGAAAACCAAGUCGAUGAAAAUGGGAAAGGACAGCACGGUGAAGAAAUGCACGGGCAGGAAAAGGGAGAAGACCCUCCUUUCUCCAAAACGAACAUCGUGAAGUCCCCACGUUUAUCACAAAAAAUGAAAAAGGCACCAAGUGGACAAGUAAAGGAAGGCCCAAACAAAAACAAUUUUAUGGCAAAAUUGCAAAUCGUGAAGAAUAAGUCUACGCUCAAGCAAUUUCCCCUGAAAAGGGUGGCGAUGUUCAAGGAAAGUGGAAACAGUGAAGAGAAAAAUAUCCCUCGUGAGAACAGUAACACCGAGGAAGGGAAUUCCCAAAGGGAGGAGCAGAAUUCGGAAGUGAAGGCUUUGGAAGACACUUCCUCUGAAGAUACUACGAUCAAGCAGGUAGAGCUCCCCACCAAAAAUGAAAAAAACGAUAAUGAAGAAAAAGACAAUUCGGAUGACAGUAAUGGACCCGUGUCUGCCACAAAGAAAUGUCCAGUGAAAAAAGUGCCACCCAAAUCCAUGAUUAAAAUUUUUCCGAAAAUCCACCCCAAAGUUGUAGCCCCUCCAUUUAAGGGAGUUAAUGACUCAAAGCAUGUGAUCAAGGAGAAGCCUCCAUUUUUAAACAAGUUAAAAGCAAAGGCUCUCCCCCCAUCAAGCAUGAUGGGAGAAAAUACAGAAAAGGGAUUAAGUGAAGAGGAGAAACCUAUCCCAUGA